GCUUCGACCGGCCUUGUGGGCACUCUCCCAGCGGGCGGGGCACGGUCGGCACCAGAUCGCCCCCUCCAUCCUGCCCCCAGGGGUGGAGGAAAGGCACCAACUACCCCCCUUCCAGGGGGUGGACGAAAGGGGGGAGGGGCAUUUUGGAGGGGGCUGUCCCCACCCAGCUUGGGCACGACAGGGGCAUUCACCCGCGUCGCACACACAAAAAAAGGAAAAUUUUGUGUGGCACGGAUGGGGUUGCGGCCAGUGACCCAGUCCCGUUAAGGGGGAGGUUGUUUUUCAGACGAAUUGGUGUGCUGCUUCCCAACCCCCUCCCCCCCCCCCCGCGCCGUCCCUAGACAAGGAGGAGCUUUUGGACACAGAGAGUCAUACCUCUUGCCACUAAAGAAAGGAGGUCUUAUUCCCCAAACUUGGGAAAACUCGGUAACCGGAUUUGCCAACUCCAAAGGGGAAGGCGGAAAAAAACAGCGGGUUUCGUCAGGGGCCCGCCGCUUCCUGGGUUUUUCCACUCGACGGCCCCGGGUCCCUCCCCGUCGAUGGGGUGCGGAGCGCUGUGCGGAGCGUUUGGGGGAGCGGCGGACCGGAGAACGAUGGGGUAGACCCGCGCCCCGCCCUUAAGGGGCUCUGGCCACGGGCAGAAGUCACGCAUCCCCCGGGGCUCCGUGCUUUGCUGAUCCAGACGCUACCUGUGAGGGAUAUGUGCUUUUCAUACUCAGUUUUUCUCUUCCGUUUUUCUUAUUUGGCAGACUUGGUGUGGACUUCUAGGGGGAAGACGAGUGCUAGACAUGGAGUCCGUGGGGGAGGCCUGGGGCCUCACUCUUGCUCACCAAGUCUGGAAAGGCUUCCCGGCAGGAGCUUGUAAAAGGGCGUUGGGCCUGUUGUGUUCACACAGUGUUUUCUUUUCAUUACCUUAUUGUCUCUGUUGAGUCGAUAAUGGCUCCAAAACCCCGGUGCUAAAGGCCUGCUAACUGACGGCGACGCGAUGGCGUCCGACGACUUCGACAUCGUGAUCGAGGCCAUGCUGGAGGCCCCGUACAAGAAAGAGGAGCAGCAGAGGAAGGAGGUGAAGAAGGACAGCCCCAGCACCACUACCAGCACCAGCACCAGCGGGGGCGGCGCCAGCGGGAGCAGUGGCAGCAACACCAGCGGGGAGACGAGCAAGAAGAAGAGGAGCCGCAGCCACAGCAGAAGCAAGGACCGGAAGCGCAGCCGCAGCCGGGACCGGGACCGACACCGGCGGAGGAGCAGCCGCAGCCGCAGCCGGGACCGCCAGCGGCGCCACCGCAGCCGCAGCCGGGACCGCCGGUGCAGCAGCAAGUCGCGCAGCCGGGACCGCCGGCGCGAGGAGCGUGUGCGCUACAGAAGCCCCCCUCCCGCCACCGGGCGCCGGUACGGACACAGCAAGAGCCCCCACUACCGAGAGAAGAGCCCGGUCAGGGAGCCCAUCGAUAACCUGAGCCCCGAGGAGCGCGACGCUCGCACCGUCUUCUGCAUGCAGCUGGCCGCCCGCAUCCGGCCCCGAGACCUGGAGGACUUCUUCUCUGCCGUCGGGAAGGUGCGUGACGUGCGGAUCAUCUCGGACCGGAACUCCCGCCGCUCCAAGGGCAUCGCCUACGUGGAGUUCUGCGAGAUCCAGUCCGUGCCCCUGGCCAUCGGGCUGACGGGACAGCGCCUGCUGGGCGUUCCCAUCAUCGUCCAGGCUUCCCAGGCUGAGAAGAACCGCCUGGCGGCCAUGGCAAACAACCUGCAGAAGGGUAGCGGCGGCCCCAUGCGUCUCUACGUGGGCUCCCUGCACUUCAACAUCACGGAGGACAUGCUGCGGGGCAUCUUCGAGCCGUUCGGCAAGAUCGAUAAUAUUGUCCUCAUGAAGGAUCCGGACACCGGCCGCUCUAAAGGCUUUGGCUUCCUGACGUUCUCCGACUCGGAGUGUGCCCGACGGGCCCUGGAGCAGCUGAACGGCUUCGAGCUGGCCGGGCGGCCCAUGCGGGUGGGUCACGUGACCGAGCGGCUGGACGGCGGCACCGACAUCACCUUCCCCGACGGGGGCGAGGAGCUGGACCUGGGGACGGCCGGCGGCCGCCUGCAGCUCAUGGCCAAGCUGGCCGAGGGUUCCGGCAUCCAGCUCCCCACCUCCGCUGCGGCCCAGGCCGCCGCCCUGCAGCUGAAUGGAGCCGUGCCCCUGGGGGCCCUGAACCCUGCCGCCCUGACCGCGCUCAGUCCGGCUCUGAACCUGGCGUCCCAGGCCAUCGCCUCGCAGUGCUUCCAGCUCUCCAGCCUCUUCACCCCCCAGACCAUGGAGCAGUUUCAGCCACAGGCUCCUGUGUUAGGACCACCGGUGCCACCACCCUGGGCAGAGGCUGCCAGGUAGGUUCAGGCGGGGCCUGUUGGUUUUCCUCCCGGCAGCGGGACCCCAGGGUGCCUCCGAUUCCUCCUCCACCUUCCAACGUCCAGACCUGAGCUCUCUUGCGUCUCGGCUGAAGAGGUCACGGGGUCCUCCGGGGGAGCCCCGCAGCCUCGGGGCCGGCCACUGGUGCUCCUGCUGCCGCUUCGUCUCUCCUCGAGGGCUUUGAGAAGCCCCCGGAGCCUGGAUCCACAACCCCCGUGUCAGAGGAACCUAUGAAUAGAGGCUCCCUCUCCGUCCCUCAAACCAGGCAGUGGGGGCUGGCCCGGCGUGCGGGGUCCCACGGGGUGCGGCAGGCCCAGCCCGGUCCGCGGGGUUGGGCAGGGGCCGAGCCGAAGCUGGGAGGGGCACCUCUGUUCUUUCUUGGCUCAUCGCUAUGGCAACCAAAUGUUAAACAGUCCCCCGUGUCAGUCUAAAAAUAUGAAUAAUUGCCAUCGUGUUUUAA